AUGUUUGAAACAAUCAGAAAUACUAAGGAAAAUGUCAGUCUGUCUUGUCGGGGUUUCUUCUGAUUUCAAGCAUCUCCGAAGAAGAUAAGGAUGAGCAGGGAGAAGCUUCUGGAUAUCGAGCCUCAGGAGAUCAAAUUUGUCUAUGAGGUAAACAAGGAAUCAUUCUGCACAAUUCAAUUGUCCAAUAUCUCCAUACAUCAAGUUGCUUUUAAGUUUAAGACGACAAGUCCCACAAAAUACUUUGUUCGACCCAACGCAGGAGUUCUUAUUCCCGGAUCAAGCUGCCAUGCUCAAGUUCGAAUGGUCGCUCCGAAGGAGACUCCAUCCACCAUGGACUGCCACGACAAGUUUUUGAUUCAGAGCAUUGUUGCGAGCCCUGGUAUCACCAUGGAAAGCGCUCGAAAAAUGUUCAGUGAAAGAGAAGAUGCGAUUAAACAGAUACAACUGAGAGUGAUAUAUUCUUAUCCACAGACUGUUGAUUCUCAGGUAAGAGAUGGGCUUCGAUUCGGCAAUCUGCUCAUGAAUGGUGUCGGCAUUGGGUUACUCGGGUUUAUCUUUUGGUACCUGAUGUUGCCACUCUUCUGGAGUUUCACAUUCAUGGUUACAGUGUUGGUAGUCAAGGUGGCAAAUAGACUGCUUUCAGAUUCGGUCGAAGAUUGGGCAGUGAGGAUUCUUGCUUCUGUUUUUAUCCAGUUCUUUGCUGCACUUUUCAAACGGCGGGCGUAAACCAUAUUGAGCUGAAU